UUGUUCGAGUUAUGAAUAUUGGCCUGUAUAUCUGGUCGAGUCAUGAAUAUUGGCCAUGACAAAAAAAAAAAAUAAUGCCUGCAUAAUGGUAGAGUUCUGCUCUUCUUACCGGCAUUUGUUUCCGGGGGACGAUAUCAGAGACGGACUUGUAAACAUUUGAAGCGUGUUUCGCUGCAACCUGGAUGAGAAACAUGUUCUAUUAGCUUUUACCCUACGUGCACUUUACGGGAAUGCAUCCAGGAAAUGUAAUAGUACCCGGAGAGCUGAAACUCAGAGGUGUUGCCUGCUGUGUCAUUUACCAGCUACAGAGGAGAUAUGAAAUUACUAUUUUUAGCCUGCCUAAGCCCCAAAACAGGGAACUUCACGACAGCUGAGAGAAUAAGAUCUCACAUUGAAUCAGCAGGACACAUCUGUGAACUACGAGACGUCGCAGAUUUUCAGUCUCCGUCUGACGUGGCGCAUCUACUGUCCCAGAACCCUCCAUUCGAGGGGGCGCUGGCCAUUCAUCUUUUCAAAGCGGGCAGACUUCUCCUGGACAUCCAUUUACCCUUCGGGGUGGUUUUUGGGGGAACAGACAUAAAUGAAGAUGUGAAAGAUGAGCAGAAGCGUGUGGUUAUGGAGCAGGUGCUGCUGAAAGCCAGGUUUGCUGUGGCUUUCACUGAAAAGCUGAAAGAAGAGGCAGAAUUUGUUUUGGUGUCGCCCAGCAGUAAAAUCUAUGUUCAGCCCCAAGGUAUUCAGACAGAAGUGGCUGAAGACUUCUGCUGGACUGAAUUCUUGAGGAGCUCAGGUGUGAGAACAGAGCGUGUGGAUGAGCUGCGUGUCUUCCUCCUGGUCUGUGGCCUCAGAAGAGUCAAGGACCCUCUCUAUUUGGCAGAAGCCUUUUCAGAGUGGCAUUCUGCAAACCUUCUCAAUAUAUUGAUCAUAAUCGGCCCAAAGGUUGAUCCUGCACUUACUGCUGAAGUGGAAGCUGUCGUUAAACGGGCUGCGGGGGUCUUCUUGGCACAGGAGAGGAGCCAACAAGAACUGCAUGCCGCCAUCAAAAGGUGCUUUGCCGUAGUCAACAGCUCUGUGUCAGAGGGCAUGUCAGCGGCCAUCUUGGAGGCCAUGGAUCUCAGAGUACCAGUGCUGGCGAGGGAUAUACCAGGAAAUGCAGCCGUGGUGAAGCACGGAGUCACUGGGCUGCUGUUCUCUUCUCCUCAGGAAUUUGUGCACCAGUCUCGGAGGCUGCUGUCAGAUCACGAGCUGAGAGAGAGAGUCGUAAGGAAUGGAAAACUCUACGUGGAGGAACAUCACAGUGUGAAACAGGAGAGGGAGACGUAUAAGAAACUGGUGGACACGCUGCACAAGGCCUAGUUUACAGCUUUACUAGAUACUUUCUCAGGAACUUAAGCCGCAAUAUAUAUAUAUUUGUACAUUAUCUGUACUCAUUUAAUAUUUUAAUUCUUCUAUUUAUUUAAAUAAAGAUAUAUUUUUAACCAAAGAGCAGUGAACCAAAGACAUUAAUGUUUUUAAAGAUGUCACGUAAUAUAUUUGAUGCCUGUGAAAAAACUGCCAGUAAACUGUAAUGUAUAUAAAUAUAGAUGUAUUGUAAGUAGACUCUGUAAAACAAGUUUACAUAAAGAAAACUAUAAACAUAUGGUAAAUAAAAGUAAAGAAAACUUUCCUGAUUUUUUUUUUCCUUUGUUCAGUGAUGUGAAAAUGAUUGAUAAUUGAAUAGUUUCUAAUUCCAGUGAGACAAAAAGUUAUGCUUACCAACUCAUUCAUUUUUAAUGAAGUGCAGCAAAUAGGUUUUCCGGAUUCAGAAACACAGCAAAAUCUCAAUUAGUUUAAAGGGCAGAGGGGAAAAUGAGAUCCUUCCAGUUUACUGUACAAAGGUUGGAUUUAGCAGCUGCCUGAGGCUGGGAUGAGUAGAAGAAGGAAACACAACCAGAUAUGACAUACAGUGGCUCCCAAAAGAGGACAUACACCUGCUGAAAUGCAAUGUUAAAGAAGAAUUUUGAACUUGAAUAAAUUCAAAAUAUUUAGAGGACAAAUAAAGAAAAAAAGGCUAUUUGCAGGUCAGUGGACAAAAACAAAAAAAAUUCUACAUCAUAUAUAAGGUAUUUAUGACAGACUGUGGUUAUAAGUUAUUGUAUGGGACAACAGAUACAUUGUAGAAAAUAUUUCUCCCAAGUUCAUGAGCAGAAAGACCGAUAUUUUAAAGGGAAGUUGAGGAGAAAGACAUUAGUUGUACAUUCUGAUGAAUUAUUUUACUACAUGUUAUCUCCUGUAUUCUCCAUGCAUUAUAGUGAUGCACAACAUUAUUUAUUUGAAAAGAAAACCUUCAGAUCCAGCUCAGACUUAUGACAUAAAGGCAGAAAAAUGUUUUCUGCUCUAAUGGAACCCAAUGUAAACUUUUGGCAUAUAAUUUAUAUUUUAAUCUUUUUAGUAUAGCUGUUCUGCUGCCAUCAACACCCUUGUUUAUAGAUGUUCGAGAUUGGCCUGUUUUCCAGUGUAGUCCUGUUUCUCUG